GAUGACGUUAAUGGGUGAGGAUGGAAUGGUUUAAAGGCAGACAGGGAUUUGCCCAGUGCUCAGUUGGUGUGAAGGGCAGGCAAUGAGCUUCUCUUCAUCCCCACACUAAAGCCAGCGAUAGACCAAAUUUUCAGUGCAGUUUCCUUUUUUACAGGUAAUGGAAACCACAAAGUGAGACACUAACAGGACAUCACUGGUGCUUGAAUGAGAAGAAGCUUCACCACACACAGCACAGCGGACAUAGCUCAAGAGGAAGAGAAGAAUCUGAUAAAGCCAUGAAAGUGUUGGCUGCAGUGAUGUGUACUUGUGUUGUGGUGGUAACUUUUCUUGUGGUCGAGUCGUGCUGCACUGAAAAGAAUAAAGCAAACCCAAGAAACUGGGGCCCACAGUCCAUGCUGUAUCUAAAAGGAAAGUAUGGGAAGAGAGUUGUUGGGGACGAUGGAUAUUACAACACCUUAGACAUGAACAUUUGGAAUCUUCUCCUCAGAGAUUACAAAAAGGCAAGAUCAUCCUGGUUCUCGGAUCACUGGAAACAAAGAACCGAUGGAAAUCGGGAGGUUGCAGCCGCGAAAUAGCCAAGUCACUGUUCGAGCUCCACAGCGUUCAAAAUG